GGAGUCGGCGCGCGAGCUCAUGGCGGUUCUUUUGACUCCGCGAUUCCGUAGCCUUGGCAGCCAGAGCGAGCUUCCGGGCCCGGGGGGGAGCGGGCCGAGUUUCGUGAGCCCGAGAGGGGGCUUCUGCAGGAAAAGAAGAACAGGAUGCUCUGGUCCUUUUCAAGCUACUCAACUAUGGGAUGGUAUUAUUCACUCCCUUCAGACUCAAGUGGAAAUAAAAAGAAGGAGGCAUCAUUUACGAACCUACAAAGACUGUUUUACUGGUUCUGAUGCUGUUGAUGUAGUAUUAAGUCAUCUUAUGCAAAAUAUGCGCCUAAGUAGUAAUGACAUCUCUCGUCUUAAAGGAGUUCGUCUUUGCCAAGUUCUAAUGAACCAUAAAGUAUUUGAACCAGUAGGAAUGAAGCUAUUCAAAAGUGAAAAGGAAUUGGAAUUUGAAGAUUCAAACAAUAGUCUCUACAGGUUUCUAGGCAAUAAAUCAUCUUAUGUUUCUCGCAAAAGAAAAAAGGAUUCUGAGAAUGGGUUUACUGAUGAAAUAAAAGCAAAGGAAUUUUCAAGACAAGAAGAUGAAAUGAUUUCAAAUCCUCUAGCACAAGAGAUUGGUGAAGAAAGACUUGAGGAACGUGUUCAUACAAUGACUGGGAAUCUGGCUUUACCUCCAAAUACCACAGUUGACAAACCUGUUCUGCUCUCUAAAGAAGCUGUGGAAGAUGUUUGGAAACAACAAACGUUGUUACAUAUUCUUCAAUUAAUUCACCUUCCGUUCUUGGAAAAUAUUUUGGAGCCUCCAGUAAAAACACAAAAUCGUCAAUUAAGUAAAGAGGAAGAUCUCAUUAUCUCAAACACUUGUCUAGACAGAGAGAUUAUUCCAAGCUUAUGUCUACCUAAGAUUGAUAACUGGCUUAAUGCAGCAAUUGAAUGCUUGGAAUAUUUCCCUGACCAGUUAAUAGUUACAGUUAGUCAGCAGUUAGUGCAAAACAGAAAUGAAGAGACAAGAUUGAAUAUAAAGAAGAAGAUACUCUUUGAUGUCAUAGUAAAAUAUUAUAAUCAAGAGAGAGAUUGUCUAUUAACUGAUGAGUAUUUUGAUAUUCAUUCAGGAAUUAUUGAACUUUUAGAAAAUGAGAAAAGAACAGAGGCACUUGAAGCAACACAACUAUAUCUAAGAUUGCUGUUGCCCAACAUUAGAGAAGAAUUACGACGGCUUCUUACUUUUAUGGCUAUUGCAUCGGAACCUAAUGCCUACAAGUUACAAAAACAGUAUGAUAACAAAACGGUAGUCCUGAAAACUCUUGCCAAAGCAGUUUUGCAAACCAAAUCAUUUUUAAAAGUACGGGCAGAACAACUAGUCUGGUUUCUACUGGAGAAUCACUCUGAGCUCUUCAAGGCUUCAUAUUUUGCCAACGCUUGACAUACAAGGAGUUUGAAAAACGAAAGGAAAGGACAAUUCAAAAUCUUCACCAGUUGGCUCUUGAGAUUU